CAACUGAGAAGCUAAAUGGAACUACUAAUAUAGUAUUCAAAAGGGUUGAAGAUACUUUGAGGAUUCAGAUAGGAAACUACAAUCUACUUUAAUAUACCUUCAUUGUAUCCAAAGUCUAGUCACAAUUACAGCUGAUGAAGUGAGGAAAAUUAAACUGUUUUAAAAAGUGGAUUACAUAAACCAACAAAAAGAUGGUUGAUUCAACUAAGAUGUGGCUCAAACACUCAACUAAAGUGAUCAUUUUCUUCAUAUCAUUUCCAUUGAUGAUUGGGUAUUUAAUAUAUACCAGGGAAUUCGCGUCAGUGACUUAUAUCAAAUGGAAUAAUGAAACAGCUAAAAACAUAUCUGAACCUCAAAGAAUUCUUCCAUACAAAAUCAACAAUGAAAACAAAAACUUUCUGACAAAGAAGGAAAACAAUCCCAAAGUACACUUUCAAGAUGGAAAUCUUACUUAUAAAGUUAAUGAUGAAGAUAUUAAAAAAACAAAUGUAAAUGAGAAAGAAAAUCAUCACAAGGUACAUUUUCAAGAAAGAAAUCUUACACACAAAUUCAACAGUGGGGACUUUAACAAAUAUCAUCAGAAGGUCCAUUUUCAAAAUGGAAAUCUGACACAUAAAUACAGCAAUGAAGUUUUGAACAGCUCCUUUCCUAAAGAGAAAGAAAAUUAUCACAAGGCACAUUUUCAAAAUGGAAAUCUGACACAUGAAUUCAACAGUAAAGUCUUAAACACAAACCUUCCAAAAAAGAAUCAUCGCAUUGUCAUAAUGACGAGAAGAAGAAGCGGAUCAAGCUUUAUCGGAGAAUUAUUUCAGCGAAAUCCUGAUGUAUUCUACAUGUUCGAACCCUUAAAACCAUUGGAUAUACUCAACUCAAAGGACACGCCACAGGUUAUAGAGAGCCUUGGAUUUAAACAUCUGAGAAAUACUAUGAGAUGUAACUUUGAUAAAUCAUAUGUAAAUCUGCUGAUGAGGUUCCUAAAGCAACAAAAAACAUGGACAAUGAAACGAAUAUUUCCAGAAUGUUCAUCCUACAAGGACAUUAAAGACAAAUGUGCCAAAAAGAAGAAUGUUGUCAGCAAAACUAUACGAAUAGACUCUUUAGAAGGUUUGGCUAAUAAUCUAGGAAGGAACUUCACAAUUAUUUUACUUAUUCGAGAUCCACGUGGAAUUUUCAAUUCCAGACUACGGGAGAAAAAAGCAUAUGCGGAUCUCUCAUUAUAUGAAAAGACAACAGACAUGAAAGUACUGUGUUCGAUGAAUGUUAAGGAUCUUAAAUUUCUCUCAACAAUAAUAGAAGAUAAAUCAGCAUAUAUCUUUCCAGAUCUCCCUUCAUUAGGACUCAUACUCUAUGAAGACUUUGCAUUAGACCCAAUGAAACAAGCAAAAGAAAUGUACAACCAUUUGCGGAUGCCAUUUCAUGAAAACGUGAGAAAAUGGAUAUUAACACAUACAUCUAAACCAAAGAAAUACAGUGCCAUGAGUGACUCUAGUCCCAAAUACCUGUAUGACACAACAAGAAACUCUAGUGAAAUAGCAAACAAAUGGAGACUGGAACUUUCGUUAAAAGACAUUAAGAUUGUUGAGUCAAUUCCAGAGUGCGCAACUUUGAUAAAAAUGAUUGCGACACCCAAUAAACUGUCAAAAUACUGGUAUCACAGCAGAUAAUAUUUCGCUUAUAAAAAAAUGUGGACAUCAUGUCAUCUUUGCAAUGUUAUAAUUACUGUUGACAGAAUUAUAAACACAAAAUGUUAUUCAGUGGGUCAAAAGGCAAAUCAUAUGUGUACGAGGGUUGUCCCAGAAGUAAUGCACUAUAUGCUCUAACUUUCUUUAAUAUUCUUUAAUUCAGCUGAAAUUUUGUGUAUAUAACAAUUGAAGUUUAAUCUAUUAUAUCCUGAAGUUUCAGCAUCCAACAAUAAUUUUAAGUCUUAAUAUGGUUGCUAUAACAACAUGGGGGUAGGGGUGGGCGGGGCAGGUACCAAUUUUUCUAAUUAUUAAAAGAUCUAAAGUGUUAUUUUAUUAAUAUUUCUUUCCUUUAAAUAGUCAAAAUGUUUGGGAGAUUGUUAAAUUUAUUCAGCAUGAUGUUAACCAAGUACGAAUAAUGACAUUUAGCACUGUGAUGUCAUAAUACCACAUUUCAAUAGUCCGAAUUCAAAUACAGUCACAGUCAAGAAAUUGCAAACAUGGCUGCAAUUCUCACCUGAUAAGAGAAGGCCUUGCAUUUGGUGGCCUAAUUUCAUACUUCACUUGGACUCACAGCCACGCAAAACAAUGCUACCAUGAAGAAAGUAUAUAAGGAGUAUAUACCAGAUAGAACUACAAUUAUGGGGUGGCAGAAGAGAUUUAAAAGAGACGAUUUGACCUGUAUGACAACUCCAAACAUGAGAGGCAAAAACUCAACAAGUCACGGUGGAAGAAAUUGCCGAGAGUGUUUGACCUGACAGGCAUCAAAAGUACAUAACAUGCAAAGGGCAAUAUUUUGAGAAAAUGUGAAAUGGGACACUGUGCAAUAUACAUCCAUUAAAUCUGGGGUGUGCUCAUAGUAAUUGAGUAUCUUAAAAUGUAUUUUUGAGCAUACUUCUUAUAGCUACACCAAAUGGUAUUUGUUGAUUAAUUAUUUCAUAUUUUCAAUUUUUUAUUCCUUUUGACGUGACUGUAUAACCUGCCCCGCCCUACCCAAACUCACCAACUUGAUUUUAUUAUAACAUCAAUAUAGUUUUAUCAGUCAACAUGAAAUUUUCCAGAAUAAUCAAAAUGUCUCCAAGGAAGAUUUACUGAAAAUUUCAUGGAAAAAUAUCAAUUAUUGAUAAAGUUGAUAAAGAGCAUAUAGUGCAUUACUUCUGGGACAACCCUCGUAUAUAUUUAGCAAUCACAUUGUACCUCAGCCAUGUUCUGAGAAAGAAGAUAUAAUUGUUAGUGUUCUUCCCAGAAUUUUUCUCCCAAAAAAUGCAAUGCAUGCAAUUCUUUUUAACCUCUUGAAUCCCAGGCUCUAAAAUCAGUUGAAACCAGAGAAUUUUUCAUUUUUGUCACCUUUUGACAUUUUACUAUAUACCUUGAUGCAUGCUCAGCUUAGUAAAAUUAGAUGGCAGAGAUCCUUUCUACACAUUCUAAAACAAUUUUUGUGUAAAUUGGAUGAAAAUUGUUCAAAUAGAGCAAUUUUAGUGAAAAAUUUUGUUACAGAUUUACUCGUCACUCUUGGUUUCAGGGUCAUAUCUGAGGCGACAAGAAAUCUCGUCAAUCUGGGUCAUCAAGAGGUGAACCAAUAACCACAAGAAAAUUGUCAAGAUCUCUUAUUUGUACACUUAUUCAUUUCAAUUUGGUGCAAAUGGGCCCUGAACUUGAUCAACAUUAAUUUUCAAAUUCUAAAUGAAGUACAGGACUGAGUUGUUUCAAACGCUGGGGAUAUCACUGACUGAGAAAUUGACUUUAAAUUAAACUAAGUUGACAGCAACAUUGUACUUCUUAAGGGGAGGCAUCAAAAGUUCGAUGUCGGAUAGAAAACUAAAUAAAUCUAGUUAGGGGGGGAGGGGGUUCAAACCCAUUUCAGUUUGCUAUCCGACAAAUUUCAACAUUUCAAUUUUUGGCAAUUUUGACUCAGAAUGCCUUGGAAUGGUUUAAAAAUAAAGAUUUACCUGAUGCUUUCUUCAUCAAGAUCAUUCCAAAGGAUUCUAUUCUAUCAAUAGUUGUUAAAAGCCGCAAAUUAUGAUAGGAAUUAACGAAAACUAGAUCGUGUUUAGCAAUAAUUUUUCAAAUUCUCAAACUGGAAGUAAGCAAUCAACUUUCACGGUAUUUAGUUUUGGGGGGGAGGGGGGGGGGGUGGUCAGAGUCAAAACUAGAUUUAUUUAGUUUCCAAUCCGACAUUGAACUUUUGAUGCCUCCCCUUAGGUCAAUAAGAACUCACCUCUUCUCCAAAUAUAGCAACUUUGGGAAACUGUUUGUGUAGUGAUGCCAUGAUGCACAUCUGCGCAGAUCUAUCUGCCUCUGUUUGGAAAUCAUUCUUGCCCUGAAAAAUAAAAAAAAGAUCCUUGAUGACAAAUUUAGUUCUGGACAUUACUGGAUAUGCAACUGUACAGUAGUUAGAUUGAAAUAGACAUAAAUACAGUGAAACAUGUCUAUAUCAAACACAUUUCUAAUCUGAACACCUUUCAAUGUGAACACAUUUUAAGCCAUGAACAUCCAUGUAACAAAAUCCUAAAAUGUGAACACCUGCUAUAUCUGAAUACUUUUGACUGAUCCAAGUGAUUCAAAGAAGAUUACAUUUUCAAAGUGAGUUAAUACUUUUUUAAACCACAUUUCUAGGUGCAAUUUUAUAUGUAGACUUCAAAUAUGAUAUCCCUUUAACUAAAUUUUGAAUAUUUAAUGAAGUAAAUCAAGACUGCUAUACUCGCAUCUAGUAUGAAUUAAUAAACACCCUUCAUCAGCAUUUCUAAAAACUUUUAGCAACUUUGUAUUGGGUUAUAUAUCACAAUUUUUUAGUUUAUCUCCAGAAAACAACC